CCAGGUCUCACUCAUCAAACCAUUCUCUCGCCGAAAACCACGGCCGACUGGGGCUGCGCCGCCCAAUGAGAAGCCGGGAUGUGGCCCCACCCCCGUCGGCCGCUACAAGUGCCCCUGGGCCGGUCUGCUAGGAGGCUACGGGCUCUCGGACGGGGUCGUCGGGCGGGCAGGCCGUACCCCACAGUAUCGCACUAUCAGAACCGCCAGAGUCCGCAUGUAGACGCUAGCGGAAAGACGCUAUUCCAUUUCGGCUCGCCGAAUGACUGAACUGCACCCUUUGCUGCGCCUUGUCCAAGAUGGCUUCCCGAGUUUCAAGGCCGCAAGGCCGCAAAGCAUAUGAAGUUGACUCCCUCCCGGGGCCGGUGAGUACUGACGGCGGCUCUCACCCUUCUUCCUCCUCAACUAAUCGACAGAUCGAGUCGUGACCAGAGAUUGACCCCGUAUCUUGACCCUCACCAAGACUGAAGAGCCCAGCUCUUCUGCCUCGAGCCCAAUCUCCGUUAUCACCGGGCUGUCAUCUGCCACCAAGUUGGCGGUCGCCACACAAAGUGCAUCCCCGUCCCCGUCCCCGUCCCCAGAGCUUCAGUCACCACCCUGUAGCCAUGGCCGGCAUGCCGCGAGCCACCCCGGCUGUCGGGGGCUUCAGCGUCUACCAGCCUGCCCUCGGCUCCCCGCUGCAGUUCCUGCCCGCCGUCGGCUCCAAGGAGCUUGAGCAGCUCGUCGGUGCCUACCUUCCCGGGCCCGGAUCCGCCCAGGAGAAGCGCGCCGCCAUCUCCAUGGACUUCUUCGAGCACUCGCGCCAGACUGGCGAGAACUUCAAGUACUACGCCGUCGUCACCCCUGCCGCCACCCCCGAGUCCGCCUACAACGUCUCGCCUGUCAUGUCCGACCUCAGCUUCUACAGCUCCCCGUCGCAGGCCUCCACGCCCGCGGUGGCUCCAGCACCAACCAAGUCCCGCGCUGCGUCCCAGAAGCCAAAGACCUCCGCCUCAGCCGCUGACUUCUCGCACCUUCCCGGCAUGAAGAUCCUCACUGCCGAUGGCCAGGACGUCACAAACUCCGUCUCCCGCGGCUGCAAGAGCAAGGAGCAGCGAGACCACGCUCACCUCAUGCGCAUCCUCAAGGCUUGCGAUGCUUGCAAGAAGAAGAAGGUCAAGUGCGACCCCAGCCACAAGAAGCGCCCCGCCUCUCAGGUCGAGUCCAGGUCUGAGGCAGCUAAGCCGGCCAAGAAGUCAAGGAAGGCCGCCGCUCCAUCCCCAAAGGCACACUCCACAGUCUUUACGCCUGCUACAGAGGCCUCUUUCCAGAUGGACAGCCUGGGCCCCAGCAGUGUCGAUUUUUCAUCUUCCAUCGACGAGCCUUGGGACCAGUUCCUGACCUUCAACGACGAGCCAGUCGGUGUUGCUGUCCCUCAAGACUUCUACGGCGCCAUCCCACAGGACUUCGACCUCUUUUUUGGCGUCGACAACUCCUUCUCGCCAUCCUUCUCCGGCUCUUCUGCCUCUUCUUCUACCCAGCCACUGACACCCGUCAGCUCCGGCCUCCUCACACACGCAAAUGACUUCUCCUUCAACGAGGACGAUGUCCUGGUACUCCUUUCGGGCGCAGGCAACAGCCAGGAGCCAAACCUGCCAUACCUCAACCCAGCCGGCCAGCUUGGCAGCAACUACGCGGACUUCAACCUCUUCUCUCCUGCCUCUAGCUUCAUUGACGAGGAGCCACAGUUGCUCAAGUCUGGCCCAUCCUCACAAGCCCAGUCACCAGCCGGUAUGAACGAGCAACUACCGGGCACCGGCCUAGCCCGCGACCAGCAGUCACGCUUUGAACGGCCUCAGUCCCAGUCACGAUCCGUGCUGAGCCCCAGCAGCCCUCAGCAGCGGGUUCCGGGUCGCGGACAAGCCGCAGGACUUGCAAGUGAGCUGAGCGGCUCACUGGCGUACCACCCAGAUGACGCUGGUCACAACACAGCUCGCUCCGUAAAUGCCGUGACCAGACCACAGGGUCUCCAGACUACACGCAGUCACACGAUAUCGGGCGCUCAACAGGUACCAGCCGUGAGCUUCUCUGAGGAUUCUGGUCCAAGCAGGCAGUCCUCUACGUCCGCUGUGUCACCAUCCGUGCUCUCACAAGGAUCCAGUCUGCGGUCCACCGGCCAGGACGCCACGCCAGCUCGCGCAGGCGUUGCCCAUGCAAGCUCACAGGCGAUUAGUCCCACUGAAAACCGUUACAUCGACCCGGGACGGUACCGCCCAGACCUCCCAGACCUCCCAGACCUAUCCGACGUUGCUCACUCACGACGGGUAUCUUCAGUCGCCGGAGUGUCGUCGAGGUCGGGCAGCACGGGCAGCCUAGGCCUACAGACGCAUGGUCUCUCCAGCCGUGCGGGCAGCACAAGCCAAGACGGACUUCCAUCUGGCCUUUCACUGCUCAGCCACGCGCCACAGGUGCCAACGUCGUCGAUCAAGGCCAAUGCUACGGUCGGACUAAGCCAGGUCACACGCACGAGUGUCGCUGGCCCAUGCCUCUCCGAAUCAAGCCCGGCACUUGCAUGCCAAAACCGGGGGCUCGGCUCCGCAAACGUCAAUGCAGAGCUGCCACUCCAGGGCGUCGUACUAAGCCCAGGACUUGCGCAGCACCCAAAACCUGCACCCAACCCAGCGCGCCUGCUAUCAUCGCAGCACAGCGCGCCACUCUCCUCGCCGGCGCGGCAAUUGCUGGUACCUGGCGGCUCCUCUUCACUGGUGCUGCCGUCACAGCUGGCCGCGUCUGGCUUUGUUUCCAUGUUGCUAUCACUGCUGAUGGUGGUGGUCGUGGUGACGACGUUGCAUCAACCAAAAACACAAAGACAAGCACAACCCCAAGACAUCCUCGCCGGUCUGCCAAGCAUAGCAGCGGCCUUCCUCGCCCUCAUGUCGACGGCCGCCCCAGUCUCAACUCUUCCCCAGCAGAAGAGAUCCGGGGGUAUCCUCGGCCGGGCCAGGGGCUUUCUCAGCCCUCUCGCCCGCGUCGUGCCGCUGAUAAGCAGCUACUGCUGAUCUGGAACCUGGCCUCGCCGCCCUCGGGCAUAGAUGAACCCAGCUUCCUCAGCCGUCGUCCUGCGAGGAUGAUGUUGGCUCUGUCUGGCUUUAGCGUCUUGUGUGUCUUUUGUUGUUUGCAUCUGUUGUGAUACCCAACCGUCCAUUGCUUUCUUUCUCUCUGAUUUAUGCAUUUUUUGGAAACAAUAACUUUCAUCCCCUGUUGCCGAGCGUGUGUACGUGUUGUGUUGUGUGCCUGUGUUGGAGGGGUUGUUUGGCCACGCGAUGCGUUGCCCAUGGGAGGUGUGGGGGAAUAAAGGCUGGCUACCGGGGGUCAUUGUUGACUGCUUUGUGGGUACGCAGUUGGUUACUGGCCCGGUUUGGGGUCAGAUUCGGCUAUGUACAUAUCUACAGAUAGGAAAUGAGAUCUCUGGUGGCUGAAAA